CAACAUUUUCCAACUUGGCCCAACCCUGCCAAAUGAAGUCUGUCGUUGCUUUCGGAGUCGCCGCGUUGGCCGGUGCCGUGUCGGCCGCCCCGUGUGAUAUCUCUGCCGUGUUGGGCAACUUGAUCCCCCUGGCUGCCGACCCCAACCUUGUGACGUGCAGUACCGAUUCCGGCUACAACUUCCUCGUCAGUGGCGCAUCUGGCAUCCCGCCUACGACUGACCAAGUGACCAAGCUCUCGUCCAGCACGGCGUGCAAGACGUUGUAUGCCAACCUUGGCGGCAUCGUGUCCAAGAUCUCUCCUUCGUGCACGUUGGGCGGCGUGGAGACGUCGACGUUUGCGACCUUGUCCAUCCCGGACGCGCUCUCCGCCAUCUUCACGGCCAUCAAGUCGAGUAACGUCACCGCGCCCACGACCACCACGAUCAAUGCGCCCACCGCCACUCCCGCACCCACCACGACCCCCAAAUCGUCUGCCGUCACGUCGGCCAUCUCCCUGGCUGCCGUCGGAUUGGCGGUGUACAGCAUGACCAACUAACACUAAAAUCCUAGUUUUGAAAAAUACUUUCGUACACUGUGUCUUUGAUGCUGU